AAUGAUUUAAACCUUCGCUCGACGUGCACUACAACCUUAAUUUAGAUGUCUAGCUAGAUUUGGUUAGAGUAAUGAAGAAGGGGAUGUGUCUUUUUUGGAAUAAGUGUAUUAAUAUUUCGAUAAGGCAGCAGCAUUAACAAAUAUUCCUGUGGACAUGCUGAAGUAUUAAUCAUUAAUAAAAUAGCUAUUAUAAGAAGACUGAUUGUGUAAUAAAAUUCCAUUUGCCUUUGGUGAGAGAUGAUGGAACAGUAGAAUGCGUAAAAUUAUGAAGUUAAUAAAUAUAUAUAGAUUCCAGCAUUUAGAGCUUAACAUAAGACUCACAAAUUACCAACUAAGGGUGGUACAAGAUUAAGUGAACACAUUCAUACAGAGGAAGUGGAAGCUUUGUCUUUAUUAAUGACUUUUAAGAAUGCUGUUUGUGAAUUACCAUACGUAAUAAUUAAUAAAUAUCAUGUUAGGGUGGUGCAAAAGGAGGUUUGAAGAUGAAUCCAAAGAAAUAUUCAAAAAGAGAGAUUGAAUCAUUGAUGAGAAGAUUUACAAUAGAAUUAGCAAAGAGAAAUUUCAUAGGAGCAGCUAUAGAUGUUCCAGGACCAGAUCUAGGUACAGGAGAAAGAGAAAUGAGUUGGAUGAAAGUAAAUAUAUUUUAUUAAUAAAAAGGAUGAAUACACUAAAUUUGCAGGACAUCUUGAUAUCAAUGCUUAAGGAUGUGUAACUGGAAAGGCUAUCUCUUAAGGAGGUAUUUCAGGAAGAACAGAAUCUACUGGAUUGGGAGUAUUCUAUGGAUGCAGAGAAAUUUUAGAAGAUUAUGAAUUUUGUACUUAAGCAGGUAUUCCAGCUGGUCUAAGAGGAAAGAACAUUAUUAUUUAAGGUUAUGGAGCUGUAAUAUAUAAUAUUUAUAUUAAGGUUGGUUAUUAUGCAGCUAAAUAUAUGUGUGCUUAUGGUGCUAAAUUAGUUGGAGUUGCUGAAUGGGAUGGAUCUAUUUAUGAAGAAAGUGGAAUUGAUCCAGAUGAAUUAUAAGCUUUUAAAGAAUAAAGAAAAGGUGUUAAGGGAUUCCCUAAAGCUUCUGAAUACUAUGAAGAUGAAUCUGUCAUUUAUAAAGAAUGUGAUAUGUUUAUUCCUGCUGCUUUUGAAUAAACUAUUAAUAGAGUAUAUUUUUAUAUAAUAUCAUUAGAAUAAUGCAGCUAAAUUUAAUUGCAAAGUUAUUGCUGAAGCUGCCAAUGGACCUACUACUCUUGCUGCUGAAGAGAUCUUAAUCAAGAAAGGUGUUAAGUUCCUCCCUGAUGUUCUUCUUAAUGCAGGUGGUGUUACAGUCAGUUAUUUUGAAUGGCUCUAAAAUCUAGAUCAUAUUAGGUUUCUAUAUUCAUUUAUUUAUUAUUCUAGACCUGGAAGAAUGACCAGAAGAUGGGAAGAAACUUCCAAAUACAAAUUAUUAGAAGCUAUUUAAAUCUCUACUGGUUUGAGAGUAGAUGUUGCCAAAAAUCAAUAAGCUGCUAAACUUCUUGAAGGUCCUUCUGCUGUAUUUAUUUCUAUUUAUACCUUUCUAGAAAGACUUAGUGUUCACUGGUUUGGAAGAAUCUAUGGCAGUUGCUGUAUAAAAAACUAAAGAAACCGCAAGCAAAUUAAAUAUUUCUUUAAGAAUGGCUGCCUAUUACAAUGCACUAAUGACAAUUCAUUAACAUGUUGACACAGCUGGCUUAAGAUGAUAGUAUAUAAUAAAUAUUAUUAAAAUUGUGUUC